CACCGUGACAGGGCGACACCGUGACAGGGUGACAGCGCGGGGACAAGGCGGCGGGGCGACCUCUCCGGCGCUGCCUCUUCGCUGCGAGCGAGCGCAGCCCCUCCGCUCCUGCCGUCCCGCCGCUCCCGCUUCCCUCCUCGCCGCCCUUCCUGCCUCGGGGGUCGCCCGCGCUCGCAAGAUGGCCGACGGGCGGGACGACGCGGCGGACCAGCUGAAGCAGUGGAAGAGCCACCGGGGCUCGCAGAAACCAGAUGCCUUGACCACUGGUGCUGGGAACCCCAUAGGGGAUAAGCUGAAUUCUCUGACAGUGGGGCCCCGGGGACCUCUGCUUGUCCAAGAUGUUGUUUUCACUGAUGAGAUGGCUCACUUUGACAGAGAGAGGAUUCCUGAAAGAGUCGUGCAUGCAAAAGGGGCAGGAGCCUUUGGCUAUUUUGAAGUCACUCAUGAUAUCACCCAGUACUGCAAGGCAAAAGUGUUUGAGCACAUUGGGAAAAGAACUCCCCUCGCUAUUCGAUUCUCCACUGUUGCUGGGGAAGCUGGGUCAGCUGACACAGUUCGUGACCCUCGAGGCUUUGCCAUGAAGUUCUACACGGAAGAUGGGAACUGGGAUCUGGUGGGAAAUAACACUCCCAUCUUCUUCAUCCGGGAUGCAAUGCUGUUCCCAUCCUUUAUCCAUAGCCAAAAGAGGAACCCUCAGACUCAUUUGAAGGACCCAGACAUGGUGUGGGACUUCUGGAGUCUUCGCCCUGAGUCCUUGCAUCAGGUGUCUUUCCUGUUCAGUGACCGUGGAAUUCCCGAUGGUUAUCGCCACAUGAAUGGAUAUGGAUCACAUACUUUUAAACUGGUUAAUGCUGAGGGAAGAGCAGUUUAUUGCAAAUUCCAUGCCAAGACUGACCAGGGCAUCAAAAACCUGUCUGUAGAAGAAGCAGGAAGAUUGGCUUCUACUGAUCCUGACUAUGCCAUCCGUGACCUUUACAACGCCAUCGCCAAGGGGGACUAUCCCUCCUGGUCUUUCUACAUUCAAGUGAUGACCUUUGAAGAAGCAGAGAGGUUUCCAUUUAAUCCCUUUGAUGUAACUAAGGUUUGGCCACAUGGUGACUACCCUCUCCUACCUGUAGGGAAGCUGGUCUUGAACAGGAAUCCUGUCAACUACUUUGCAGAGGUGGAACAGAUGGCAUAUGAUCCCAGCAACAUGCCACCUGGGAUUGAACCCAGCCCUGAUAAAAUGCUGCAGGGCCGUCUGUUUUCGUACCCCGACACUCACAGACACCGCCUGGGCCCAAAUUACCUCCAGAUCCCCGUGAACUGCCCCUUCAGAGCCCGUGUGGCCAACUACCAGAGGGAUGGGCCAAUGACUGUUACUGACAACCAAGGUGGUGCCCCAAAUUAUUACCCCAAUAGCUUCACUGGCCCGGAAGAUCAGCCCCAGCUCAGGGAGAGCCGAGUGUUCGUGUCGGGGGACGUGCAGCGCUACAACAGUGCCAACGAGGACAACGUGACCCAGGUCCGGGAAUUCUACCUGAAAGUGCUGAACGAGGCAGAACGCCAAAGGCUCUGUAAGAACAUUGCUGAGCACCUGAAGGAUGCACAGCUCUUCAUCCAGAAACGAGCUGUGAAGAACUUCACUGAUGUUCAUCCUAACUACGGUGCCUGUAUCCAGGCUUUGCUGGACAAAUACAAUGCUGAGAGUGGGAAAAAGGAUGUGAUUAGGACAUACACACAGUCCACCUCUCGUGUGUCUGUCAAAGAGAGAUCCAACCUGUAAAACAUCCUGCAGAGAUUUGCUCUGUGGAUUUUGCGUCCCUGCAACUGCACAGGAGCCUGUUGAACACGUCCAUGAAUGUAGCAGAUCUUGGCCCAGGACACGGGGGUGUUCUCAGGUGUGAUUUACUGAGCUUGCAAGUGCUUUAAUCUGUAUUGGAAACCAGGUAAUGAUCCUCCCCACAGUGCCUUUCAACACCAGUGCUUUACUGCUCGGUAUGGUGGUUUUAAAGGCAAUUCACGGUCAGAAAUUCCCUUCUAAUCAAAAUACUGUCUGAUUUUGUUGUGCCAAACUUUCCUGGCUGAAUCACUCGGUAGGAUUUCUGUAACGACACUGUGAUUGUCCUUAUGGAUAAACUUGUAAUGUUAAAAAACUGAUGUUACUCAAUUAUUUCUAAUAAAAUAGUUAUCUGUAUGGAUUUGUAAAUGCAUCCUUGAAAUUUCAGUUUGGGCCUUCCAGAAGUAAAAUGCUGUGCAGUAGUUGGGGUAAAAUGUUGGUAUGUCUCGUUCCUUAUGGUAGAAAUGAAGUUCACUACAAAAUUUAGUCUGAAUAUAGGUAAAUUUUAUCCCAAUAUGUAUUUUAAGCUAAUCUUUGCUUGCUAAUCCUUGGUUGGGAUAUAACUGACAUAGGGGACAGAGGAAAGGAUAUUUUCUUGUUCCAUACACUCUCCAAGAAAUUUGAUUACAUCUUACAGUCCUUUCAGGGGUAGGGAGGUAAAUUGUUCUUUCUAAUCUGUAAGAAUUUACAUAGAAAAAUAAUGAUAUGCUGACUGUUUGACAUAUUAACCUCCACAUGCACAGAUAUUUUUAUCUUGGCCAAAUUCAACUCAAGGCCUUUCAAAAUUAUUCCAAAUGGUUCCUGAAAUUCUGUUUUUGUUCUUAUGAAUGUGGGUGUCUAGAAAAUACGGAUAAAACCUGAUUUUAGGCAUGUUUAAUGUUACCUAAUACAGUCAGUGUCCAGGCUAAAUACAGAGCGUUUCAGAGCCCAGCUACUGACUCUUAACUCAGGCAAAUGUGAUAAAAAAAUCAAAUCAUGGCAGUUUAGGGGUCAUCUUUCAGUAUUCAAUGCACUUUUGGGUCUGUCUUGAGUUGUAUUUUGAACAGGAUUAUUUCCUGAUUUGGCAACUAAGUGGGAAUUCUCAGAAGUGAUGGCAGAUGGAUAAAGAAAUGUGCAUACUAAGUGCUGUUCUAUCAAAUUAGAAAACUAUUAAUUAAAAUUAAGUAGAAAGCUACUUGUUCUGCAAGUCAUUUAUCUACUAACAUAUAGCGUAAAAUCAUCUAGUAUAGAGGUGCAGUAAAAUAAUACGAACAGAUAACCUGCUGUAUCCUGGAAUUCCAUUGGAUUUUUACCUGAUCAGGCAGGUGGGAGCUGAAAGAGCUACGUGAUUAGGUGGGAAUAUUUCUUGCUGGAACAUUGAAUCCUAGUGAGUUUUGGAGAAGAGUAAACAAGGCCUAAUCUUAAUUUUGGUUGUGUCUGCUAAAUGAAUUAUGUUGUUGUCUUCUUUUACUUCUGAAAUAAACUGAAUUUAAAAAUC